AUCAUCGCCAUCGAACAGUGAAGAACUCACAGCAACAAGCCGAGAGCUGACUUGCAACGAAACAUCAAUCACUUCUCCAAUAAUAGCAAGUCUGGUUUUGAUGAGUGACAGUUUCCUCGUGUCAAGCAACAGUAACAACCAUUCGGGCGAAAUUCCCAUGGACACAGAUUCCAUGUGGGAGUACGAAUCGACGGUAUCAGGUCCGUUGGCCGACUUUGCAAAGACGGAUCGGUAUCCGCCACCCCCGCCGUUAAGUGGAAGCUACACGGAGGCUAACAAGCUUAUACCAGGCAGGACCAACUCCAAUCGAGUUGGUUGCGCACUGCCUGGCUACUACGGGAAGCAGUUUGGCGAGGAUGCUACGAUGACUGAUCUUCCUCCUCACAUUCGUCGGGCUUUGUCGAAGCAAGCGAAGCUGUCUGAGGCUGCUCCUACCAAGAUUAACUUCCAGGAGCCCGGUGUUUCCAUUUCUGGUCCUUCUAAGCAACGCAAUUCCCCGCCCCCUGGUCGCGGCCAGGGUCGCUGGGUAAAGCGCUCGGAACAGGAUCUGCAGAAGAAGAAUGAACACACUAUCCGCGCCCUUUCAAACGACAUCGAUGACAUGAUUGAGGACAUGGCCCAAUCCGGCUUAUCGGGUGUGAAACACACCCCUCUUCAAUCCAAGACCUUUGCAAAGGACAUCCCGUCGCUGGCUAAGCUAAUGAAUCUAAACGCUAGGUUCCACGACGUCUACCAUGUCAACGUCGCUCGCGUCAGUGCAAACCCGGCCGUUCCCGACGGGUCAGCUGAGCCGAAACACGGCGGGCCUAACGGUAAUAACCACACUCUGAGGGAGAUAGCAGGCAAUGUCGUUCAAGGCAACCCUCGUGUUUGGUAUCGUCCGUUCCGCAGCCCCAGUGACCAAGGCCCGUUCAAUGAUGAUCCUGAAUUUGGCUACAACAAUGGACAGCAUCCGACACUAGUCGGAGGAUAUUCGAACCCUAACAGCCUUAUUUCUCAAGAGCGUGAUGAGGCCCUCAGGGCUCGUGCCGCGGACCCUGAUCGGCAGGUGCUGGUGCAGAGGAUCACGGACGCGCGCAGCAUCAUCGAGGUGAAGGACAAGCAAGGCAACGACCGUUCCGUAUCUGAUAUGAAGUAUAUGCUAUGGGCCGUCGGCGAACUGCACUACUAUGACGCGGAACAUUGGCCCUAUCUUGAGGUCUUCGACGAGCGGAUUCCCGUGACAGAACGCCGCAUGGAUUGGUACAAUAAACAUCCCGUUACGAACCCUGCGUGGAUCGAGGGUGCGACCCCUUAUAACGUUUUUGACAUGGGGCGCACCAUGCAAUUCAAUGAUGAUGAUGAGUAUGAGAACCCUGUCAGUCCGACGACGGUACCACCGGUGAGGCAGAACCAUUCUAAGAUGAAGUUCUGGAAGAGGUAG